UAAAAAAAGACAAAAAGUAGUUAAACCGGUGUGGAACCGCAAGGUGCACCUAUCCUAAUGCGUUAUCAAUAAAUAAAAUCGCGCGAGGCUGCACAGUAACACAUCCCAGCAACACGUCCCUGGUCAAAAUUCAUGCAAUGGAGACAUCGGCGACGGAAUCAGCUGUGAGACACUUGGGGAACACCGAGGAAGGAAGGGAGGGACGUUACGAAGCGGAACACCUGCCUCCACUGCUCGAGGAUGAGGAAAAUGUGUCCUUGGCAGAUAUCCUUUCUUUGCAAGACAGCUGUCUGUCUGAGGAGGAGGUGUGGGCAGUGUGUGCAGAGUGUGUGCUGGCCCUGCAGAGCAUCGGACCGUCCCACUUCUUUCACACGCUCUGCAUAACGCCCGACACCCUGGCCUUCAAUGCCCACGGGAACGUCUGCUUCAUGGAACAGCUCAGUGAUGAUCCCGAGGGUUCCUUUGUGCCCCCCGAGUUUGACAACACAGGCAGCACAUUUGAGGGGCACGUUUACUCCCUUGGCUCCUCGCUCGCCGCUGCGCUGGACUUUGUCAUUGAGCCAGAGCUACAGGUGGAGCUGGGAGAUGACACUCGGCAGCUUCUGGAGCAGAUGCAAGAGGAACAACCUGAGGACAGACCACUUCCACAGGAAAUCCUCUCAUUUGCAGAAGCGAGGCUUACGUGCACCUCCUCUGCAGCAGUUUGCCGGAAACUCUCCUCUAUCGGGCGACGGGUCCUGUCAAUUGAAUCGGUGUCGACUUUCCAAGAUGGACCGGAAGGCUCCUGGGAGGCGAGGUGGCAGUAUACCAAAACCAGGUGGCCGCUGAAUAAACUGAGCACAGAUGACAGAACAGACUUAGGCCUAGACAACGGUUUCAGUGCGAAUGGCUUCUCCAGGCAGCAGCUAUGCAGAGGCUGGGACCCCUCUCUGUGGGCGGAGGAACUGGACAGCAUUGAAAGCGACGCCAUGAUCCCGAGAGAGGAUUUGGACUGCCGGUCCCAGAGCAGCUCCCCUGUGAGGUUAAGACCCCAGCAGAGGUCAAGCAGGGUGAGGGGGGCCCUGAACCGCUCCUGUUCUGUCCCGGACUCCAACAACCCCCCGUGUCUCUCUCCAAUCCCCCACGGAGAUAUCAGCAUACCCGUGUCGGACCUCACGGAAAUAGGGUCGGAUGAACACUUGGACUGCAAGCAUGCGUGGAACAACAGACUUAAGGAACUGAAUCGGGGGAAGUCCUGGGAGUUGUAUGACUAUGGUGGCACAGAGGAAUGUAUGAACUCAGUGGUAGACAGCCUGGUAUCAAAAGGGAAUAAGGAUGCUGUCAGUUCUUUUUGCAGCGGAGAAACAGAGACUGUAAUGUGUAGUGAAAGCUCAAGAGCUCAAGAGCUCAGCCAGCCCCGAGGGUCCUCCUGUACCCCCAUUCAUGACCGGGACAUUGAAUGUAGCACUGCAAGUGACAAGGGCUUAUUAAACCGCAACAUCUACAUUCGUGACAACCAUAUGACCAAAAGCAUGCUGUGCCUCAAAGAAGAAUCUCAGGAUGAGUGGAUCUCUCUCAGAGAGCUGCUUACUAGGUGUGGGCGUAGGCUGACGGUGAAUGAACUGUGGGCUCUGUGUUACACCUGCCUCUCCACCCUCCAGACUUACACCGAUUUCCCAGCCUAUCUAUGCCUUGACACGGUGUAUGUUGGCUGCGAAGGGGAAGUGCUUUUCUUGAAACCCAAAAACAUAGGAUCCUGCGAUGCAUUUUAUCUUGCACCUGAAUAUCAAGACCAUGGAAUUGUAACUGAAAAGGCGUGUGUGUAUGGGGUGGCGGCUAUCCUUUGGGCCACAGCCAAGUUCACCCUAUCCCCCCACCAAAAGCUGGCCAUGCCGCGCAAAUUGAAGAGACUUCUGCUUGAGAUGGCGAAGAGGACGCCCAUCGAAAGGCCCUCCAUUGUCGUAGCCAAAAAGAUUUGCCGCGACUACUUGUCCCGUCGGGGGACCGCCGCUGAAACUGUGUGGAGCCAACUCACCCGCAGAGUUCACCAGACAGUUUCAGAAUCAGCUGACACAGAGGAUCAGAAUGCACCGGACACGGAUCCAAACUCAAUUGGGGAAGCGACACAUAUGAACCGUAGCUUUGUGCCAAUGGCCUCUGAGAGCCGAUUGGCUCCUGUGCCUGGCCCUGUUCCCCACAGCUAUCCGAUCAUCAGCAAGGAACUCCGACUCCCAGAGGCCUUCACUUCCAGCGCUACGCACUUCAGCCCUAUCAUUCUGACCCAGGAAGGAGACUCGGAGGAGUGGACCGCAAAGCCCGCAGCUGCUAUUGACGGGACUGUGAAGGAAUCUACAAGAACCAGACAGAGUCAACAAGAGAUGCAGGGAAAGGGUUUUGCUUCUGUCCCACACUCAUGUCUUACACACACAGAGACUGGCCCGCCUGCUGACAAACUGGACUGUCCCGCUGAUGAGACGGCGAUGAGCUCUAAAGCUGUCACAGCGUCCGCAUACCCUCAUGUGUCGGAUCCAUCUCUGAGAGUUUCACUCACGCAGUUGUCAUCUACUUGUCCCCACGGCUGUGGCGUUUUCAACAAUUGCCUCUUACAUCAGGACCCCAAGACAGGGUGUCUCAUGUUAGUGCCCGUCCACAUUGUCACUUCAGAAUCUCUGCCUGGCUUGGAGUUGAAUCUGCCCUUAUUUCAAAACUCUACCCAGGGACAAACCAGACAUCUAGACAGUACCAACCUGUUGACCGUGAACCCAGAGCGAGAAGGCUUUGACCCGCUUCGGUUUUAUCGUAAUGAUUACCCGGUCACUUGUAACAAAACCCUACAGCACGCUGUCACCACAACCAACAAUGGAGCAGCAGAUCCAAGAACGCAAGAUGAGAACGAGUCCCCCUUGGCGUCCUGCGGAUCUCCUAAACUAUCUACCAACAUCCAUCCUGCCCUGCAAAAAGUGAUUGACCUUCUGAAAGGAGGGCUUUUCUUUGAAGACUAUUUAGAGGAUGGGCAGGAAGACCCAGUCAUGGGGCAGUACAACUGUUCUUUAAAGGACCUACAGUACCAGACUUUUGCCAGUCUUGUGAAGGAGAGGUUUAGGGAUCUGCACUGGGAAGAGGAUUUGCUGGGUGUGUUGCGUCACCUGGUUAACUACAGCCCAUCGACUUUGGCCUCUAACGAGCAGCCACCAUCAAAGUCUCCGCAAAGGGCAGCCACAACCUCACCCUCGAGCACCACCGUCUGGGGACAGAAAAGCGGGGCGCACCUGCACGGUCACCUUGAUCCGAUGCACAACAUUUGCGUCGACGGUUCCGCCGCUGGAGACGCACGGGGAAGGACCCGUCUUGGUGAAACUGAUACUUUCCAGGGAGAUGUAGAAGCAAGACCGGAGGAGAACCAGAACCAUGUCUGUCAGGGCGUGAGUGCUGCGGUGGAAGGCUCAGCAAUGGACAUCAUGGAGGGAGGAGAUCAUCCGACGGGGGGCAGUGAUGAAAGCCCCUCUGAAGCUGACUCUCUGGUGUGGAGAGAGGAGGGCCUGGGGGGGCCACCAGAGGACCAGAUGAGCCCUGACUGCUCUGAGGACAUGGAGGAUAGCGUCUUUCUGGUCUCAGAGCGCUUCCUCUCCCAUGGCUCCAGCACGGAUGGAUCUGGUCUAAGCUUCAACUCCGGCUGGGCCUUGGCCUUCUAUGAAGAAGAGUGUUUCAGCCAGGAGGUGGUGCAGUAUGCCCUCAAUCUGGGACAGCACUCAGGAUCACCAUGUCUGGAUGUGAAAACACAGGAGCUACAACAGCAGGUGACAAUUGAGACGAGGAACCUGAAAACAACCCGUAAUUUCUACCAGAAGCUCCUGCAACAAGAGAGAAAAAACAAAGGUUCUGAGAACAAACCGAUGCUGGCCAAGCUCAAGUCCCAGCUUGAAGAACUAAAGUCUAAAUUGGAGUUCCUGGAUUCUGUGAAGAAAUAUCUCGAGAUAUUGAGUAUGGACCAGUGGGGUUUAGAUGUGUCCCUGCUGCCCUCGUUGGUGGCAUCUGGUCCCAGUUCUUUGCACCUGCAAGCCACUGAGGAUCCGGUCGUGCUGAGCUUUGGGACCAGCAAAGGGAAGAGCUGCUUGCAAUCUGGGUCUCCGCUAGGUCUUAUGGCUUACCUCUACGCCAGGAACGCCGUGCUGGAGGGCUACAUCCAGCAGUUCCUGUACACCUAUCGCUACUUCUGCACUUCUCAGCAGUUUCUGCAGUUUGUGAUGGACAUGUUUCAUAGUGUCGCGAGAGGAGGUCCUGACAUGUCCGAAAACAACACCAAGAUCUUCCAUCGCAGCCUGGACCUGUUUGAGGCUUGGGUAACAGACUGCAAGUUGGUAGACUUCACAGCAAAGUCCAGCCUUGUGAGCACGCUGGAGAGCUUCCUGAAGAAUGAGGUAAUUCCGCUGGACAGCCGAGGGGAGGCCCUUCUCGCCACCCUGCACAGCUCACCGAGUAAGAGACGGAGCCAGGGGAGUGGAAGUCCGAUCAGCCUCGAGACAAGUGAUGAAUCUUUGUCGGUGUAUUCGUCUAUGGAGGAUCCUGGAGGAAAGUGGAAGAUCUCGACGGUGGUGGAGCCCACGGCAGCCAUGCCCAGAGAGAAGGCUUUCUCCAUUGCUGCCGCCCUGCCCGUGCCCUGUGACAUCUCUGGCAUCUGUCUGCGUAACGAGGAGCGUCUCCCCUUCAGCCAGAGUGACUACACUGCACAACACAGUGCCCAGCAACUCACCCUGCUGCAGCAGGAAAUGUUCCUAGACUGCCAUCCAGUUCACUUCCUAUAUUCUAGAAUACAAGGACUUCGAGAGAAGGGUUCAAGCCAAAACAUGAAUGUGACUCCUCACCUGCCACCAGCAGAGGGGAGCAGUCUCUUGGUAUGUGAGGAGGCUCCGACCGACAACGUCCUCCAGCAGCUGCUCGCUUAUGCUGAAAAUGUCACCAACUGGAUCUCUGCUGAAAUAGUUCUGUGUGACUCCGCAAAGAUGCAAGCGGCUUUGCUGACCAAGUUUCUGCUGAUUGGCAAACACUGCUACGAGACUAGGAACUUUGCCACUGCCAUGCAGGUCCUCCGAGGCCUGGAGAACGUGAUUGUCAGGCAAUUACCAGCUUGGAAACAUCUGUCUACAAAGGUGUGCGAGAUCCUAGAAGAGCUUCGAGCCGUGGAGGUGUUUCUGAAGAGCGACAAUCUGUGUCUGAUGGAGAGAGAACAAGUGAAACGAAAGCCCACCCUGCCCUCAGCACGCAUUCUGGCCAUGCACAUCCAACAGCUGGAGAUAGGAGCCUUCACCCUCACCAGUGGAGCUUACAAAUGGACAAAGCUAAAGAGCAUAGCGAAGGUGGUUAGUCAGGUAGACGCAUUCCAGGGGGCCAUGUACCCCUACAGCCCUGACCGGGAGCUGCAGGCCUACCUCCGUCUGCGUAUUGCCAACCUUAGCACUUCUGACAUCCGCCUCCUGGCCGCGGACUGCGACGUCAACUUCCAGCCGUCCACCGAGCGGCAAAGCCGGAGGAUCCAGGACACGCUGAGGAAGGUUAAGGCCACAUUCCAGUGAGCCCUGGCCCGAUUCACGCCCUCUGCAACCCAGAAGCCCCUCGCCACGACGCCGACGACACAAGGUCGCCCGACAUUUUCCAAGCCCAGACUGAGAUCCCAGGAACGAGGCAUAAUCCCAACAUCUGGAUGUUGUUCCAGUAGCACAGAAAUGGGAACAAGAAAUUUUGGGGUUUUUUCGUGUGUGGUAUUUACCGAAUUGUAUUAAGGAGUUGUAAGCUACAUGCAGUCGGUUUAGACUCACUGGUAAAUCUAACAUUGUUUUUCAUUGUUCACACGGCCUCACACUAUUACUGUCUUCAGAUCUGCACAGCCCCCCCUGCAAACGACCACACGUAGCUUACAUGCUGCACACACACCCGCAUUUAAAACAACAGCGCCUCGGUAUCUGUCGGGUUUGAUGCUGCGACUACUCUCUCACAAGAUCAAAACUAAUAGUUGGUGGGGUUUUUUUUUUUUUUUUUAAUCUUUAAAUCAUCCAUAAUCUGUCAUUCUGAGGUUGCUUUUUCACCAGCAUGUGUGACCAUAACCACUGAUUUCUCUCGUCAUCGUAGGCUGGCGAGGUCCUCGUAACAGGCGUAUCCGCCGUGAGCACAGCGGCCGUCUGACACACGGGCCAAACGCUUGUGGUUUCUGUUGAAGCGUGUUGCUAUAAUGCCUCACAAGGGACAAACAUGAAAAGUAAAAGUACACGAUUUGUUAGAUCUACCAGAUAGUGUUUUGUGUUUCAGCCGCAACGCUUAGACGCGUUGACAAAUAUGUUGUUUAUAUGAUUGGAUUUAUGGGGGUAUACAUUGGUAGUCAAAUAUUUAUUCGGUUUAAAGUACAUAUUAUAUGUAAAGAUUUGUUUUUGUUUUUUUCUGGCUAGCGUGCUAUGAAGGGCGAAUGCGAGACAAAGUGAUGUGUCAUUACCACCUCUAAUGGUUUCAGGGACGGUUUUAUAUGGUGUGAAUAGGAUGUGAAGAGUGUUAUUUGAAGGAACGACUUCAAAUCGGCAUCUAUUUUUCUAUUUUAUUGCCCUGUUUUUGUUUGUUUCCCCCCAGCGCUACUACCAAUGACCUAAAUCACGGAGAUGUAAUGUGCCAUGCAAGAAAGAUCUGUGCUUACUUGAGCCAAAUAAACGAGACUUCA